AUGCCCCAGAAUAUUGACUUAUCUUCCGUCUUAGAUUCCAGAGGCAUGAAGCUUCAGCAUCGUGGCCUUAGGGUAUACCUAAGUCGUUCCAUGGCCCGUAAGCAGAAACGAAGCCAAGCCCAACAAGUUAAAGGUUUUUCGGGGUUUAUGUAUAGAUCUGUAGUCUAUACGUCACAUGUUCUGUUCCAGACAUCUAGCAGGAUGCUGUGUAAUAGUUUCUCUCCCCCCAAAAAUGACACAACGAGGUCUAAGGCAACAGUAUCAGCACAGCAGGUCGAAACCUUGGAAUCAUCUACUCACAAGAAAAAUUCGGCAAUGCAUGUGCACCGAAGAAGGCUUGCCUGGUCUUGA